AUCGAACCAGAGCUAGGUUUGCCCAACUGAAGAGCCAAGGGCCCUUCAGUAAAAUCACCCUCCCAUCUCUUUUUUCUCUUUCAAUAACCGUUUUCUCUCACUAAAAAAGUACAAAUUUUCUCUCUAAAACGGAAAAAAUGGCGACAUCUUCUAGAAAGUCAAACUCGCCGGUGAUGCCGUUGACAUCGGCGUUUAACCGGUCAAGUUCGCCGUACGGACGUAUCGGAAGCUACUCAUCGGCGUUCGCUGCUGACGUCAAUUCAUCGCCGUUUGCGUCAUCAACGAGUUCGAGUUUCUACUCGUCUCCGGUUUCGAGUCAAGUCUACAGCCGUUCGUCAUCUCCGACACGUGUGAACCUUCAUGGACUCGCUCCGGUGACGUCAUCAUCGGUGAAGUUUUCGUUAGCAAGUAGAUCUGGAUCUCCGAAUAGAUCUAUGGCGGUGAGUUCUAGAGAACAGGUUGUACGGAAGCAGAACGCUGGAAAUCCGUUGAAGAAUGUUCCGAAGAAGACAUGUAUGUGUUCGCCUACGACGCAUCCUGGAUCGUUCCGGUGUAGUUUGCACAAGAGGUUUAACAACAAUAAUCAAACGGUGACGUAUUCGCCGAACAGGUUGAAUGCUCGUAGAUCUGCGAUGACGAACUCGCUUGUGCGAAUCGGAACCGUUGAAGGAGGAGAUCUGGUUAAAAGAGCUUUAGCGGCGUUGAUCCGUCCAUCGUCGCAUCAGCAGAGGCGGAGAACGGCGUUUGAGCCGAGACCGAGCCGGUUGUCAGUUAUGUCCAAGGCCGAUGACUUAUGAUUUUCUUCAACGUGAAGUUGAAAAUCCUCUGGUUGUUCGGUACAGGUUUGCAUCAGAUUCGUUAUGCGUCUCGUUCUCUUCGUUCCGUUGCGUGCAUCAGAAUCCGUGUUAUGUUCCGUUAAGUUGGUGACGUUCCGUUAGCUUCUUCCGUUUACCGUCUGUUUCGCCGUUUGGUUGGUAUAUGCCUUUCCUGUGAGGAAUGAGGAUUUGAUUUAAAGAUAUUGACCUUGACGCUGGAAAUGUGGAAAUGAAGUGAUUUACCUUUUUGUGAGAAGUUAAAACAGUUGUUACUUUUGAACCUAUACACGCCAAAAACACCUAAUACCUAACUUGCAUUGAUUGGGUUGGGUAAGCUAAUAAUGGUCUCUAUAUAAAAUAAACAUAGUUUCUUGGCUAAAGUAUACAUAGUUUAAAUAAAACAAAUUUUUUAAUCUUUUGUUUUUCAAGAAGUGUUUUUAUUUCAAAAAUUGAAAUAUUGAUUUGGUUAAGUUAGGAAAUUUUAGCAAGAGGGAAUGACAAGAUAGAGAAAAUAGACCAUACAUGGAAAAGUGUGAUAACAAAAUAUUAUCUGAUCUAUGCAAAUGGAAUGGAAGGAUAUGCAAGAAACACCAAAACUACCAAAUGAUCCAGCUGGCUAGAUAACACCAAUACUUGCAUCUAAUAAUCCAACUGGCUAAGAAGCUAGAUGGUCCCAAACCUAUUUGGGAGGACAAAACAAAUGAGGGUGAAACAUUUUCUAUAAUGAUGGAAAGAGACAUUGUGAUGAUACUUUUGUUUUUAGUGAGGAAGGUUUAGGAGUUUGAGAAAACACCAAAUUAGAGUUAUGAUAGAUGCUGAUCAAGAAAUGCCACUCUAGAAUCUAACCGAGCGCGAAACAAGAAGAUUAUCCAACACGAAAGACUCUAUAACAUCAAAUUAUUAUCAUGCAAAGAAAUGAGUUAUGGGAGUUGGGAGCAAUAUUAUAUUUUCUAUAAUGAUGGAAAGAGACAUUGUGAUGAUACAUUUGUUUUUAGUGAUGAAGGUUUAGGAGUUUAAAAAAAACACCAAAUUAGAGUUAUGAAAAAUGUCAGUCAAGAAAUGCCACUCUAGAAUCUAACCGAGCGUGAAACGAGAAGAUAAUCCAACACGAAAGACUCUAACAUCAAAUAGGCAUAUAUCGUGCUAAGAAAUGAGUUUUGGGAGUUGGGAGCUAUAUUAUAUAAAUCUAGGCCGUCUUGACAACUCAGAUGUGAAAAGGUGGGUGACGGAUACUGUUUCAAAAUGGAUUGUUACGUGCGCAGAAGACAAAUCUCUAAAAAGUGAGGCGUGGACGUGUGGUGUGGAUUUGUGAUGGAUUGUCAUCACUUCGUAACGGUAUGUUACUUCCUCUCUCCCAGGGGGCCUAUAAACCUUUUGGGCCUCGCCAUCUGCCCAGCGCUGACACCGGGCCUGAUAGUUGGUAUGCUUGGUAACAUGAGUGCAACUGAAUAAAUACCGCUAAAACAUCAAAAGUUCUCUUUUGAGGGUUGGUGUGCGUGGAUCUUUGGCAUGCUUGCGGGGGGCGACUCUCCAACCAUUUUUUGUGAAGUCUAGUGGUUGGGAAUAUAUAUUCACAACCUUGUAGAUUAUGUUUUGUUUAGUAUGCUAGUGUAUUAGGAUUAAUAUUGUAAUUAAUCUCGAUUUAUAUGGC